AUGGCCGCCGCCGCAGCUGUCUAUCCCCCGCUCGACCAGCGCCCGGUCAAGAACACGGUCCUCCUGUUCGAUGUCGACGACACGCUCACAAAACCCCGUCAACUCGUCACUCCGCAGAUGCUGCAGCUCCUUUCCGAAGUCCGUCACAAGUGCGCCAUCGGUUUCGUGGGCGGCUCCAACCUCGUCAAACAACAAGAACAGCUCGGCGGCCCCGUAGACGUUACCUCGCUGUUCGACUUCUGCUUCGCCGAGAACGGACUCACUGCCAUCCGCAUGGGCGAGGUCCUGGCUAGCCAGAGCUUCAUCGCGUGGAUUGGCGAGGACAAAUACAAGCAAUUAACCAAGUGGAUUCUUCACUACAUCGCCGAUCUCGACAUCCCCAUCAAGCGCGGUACCUUCAUCGAGUUCCGCAACGGCAUGAUCAACGUCUCCCCCAUCGGCCGUAACGCCUCCACCGAAGAGCGAAACGAAUACCAAAAGUACGAUCUCGAGCACAAAGUCAGGGAAACCAUGGUCGCCAAGCUCAAGGAAGCAUUCCCCGACUCUGGCCUCACAUACUCCAUCGGUGGUCAAAUCUCGUUCGACGUAUUCCCUACUGGCUGGGACAAGACCUACUGCCUGCGACACAUUGAGGCGGAGAAGGGCCUGACUGGUGUCGUCUACGACAAGAUCCACUUCUUUGGCGACAAGGCUUACGAGGGUGGAAACGACUGGGAAAUCUACAGCGACGAGCGGACUAUCGGACACAAGGUCAAGAACCCAGAUGAUACCUAUGCGCAGCUUUCGGAGCUGUUGAAGAGCUUCCAGUAG